AUGUCAAGGAGAGAAAAAGAAAAGCUCAAGAAAAUUUAUUAUUUUUCGGCUAUUCGAGAGCCAUUGGAACUUGACCCGCUGUCGGUGACGUUCGGUUCGGCGCAGUUCAAGUACUCGUCGUUCAAGGACCGCACGUUCACGGCCGUCGGCUGCGUGGUGGCCGUCGUGACGGGCUUCGCCAUGCCCACUCUCAUCAUCCUCAUGGGAGAGCUUCUCCGAAAGUUCAUCAUAUUCCACUCGGUCAUCGACCAGCUCUGCUCCAACUCCACGUUGACGAUCGAGCAGUUCCAGCAGGACGCGAAGCUGAUCUCCGGGCGCAUGGCCCUGGUAGGGCUGGCCAUGCUGCUGAGCAACGUGGUGAUCGUGGGCAGCCUGGGCAUGUCGGCCACCAAGCAGUCCUUCCGCAUCCGGCACAACUUCAUGCGCGCCAUGCUGCACCAGGAGGUCGGCUGGUUCGACACCCACACGGCGGGCGACUUCGCCAAACGCAUCACGGCUGACCUGGGCAAUAUCCACGACGGCCUGGGCGAGAACAUCGGCAUGUGCCUGUUCUUCCUGUCCACGGCCUCGACGUCCCUGGUGUCGGCGUUCUGGCACGGCUGGCAGCUCACCCUGGCGCUCCUGGCCGUGCUGCCACUCCUCGUGCUCGUCACCGCCCUCAUCGCCAAGAUUCAAGCCAAGCUAGAGGCGAAAGAGUCCGUGGCCUACCAAGAUGCCGGGACUGUGGCCGAAGAAGCGGUCACCUUCAUCAAGAACGUCAUCGCCUACGGAGGAGAACUGAAAGAGACCAAAAGGUACGGAGACCGCCUGGACGGCGUGGAGCGCACGGGCGUCAAGCGGGGCCUGGUGACCAGCGUCGGCGUGUCCAUCAUCUGGGCCUGCCUCUACGCCAGCUACUCCCUGGGCUUUUGGUACGGGGUGAGCCUCAUCGUGGUCGACUUCGACACGGCUCCCGCCCGCAGGACCUACGACACCAGUACCCUCAUCGUGGUGUUCUUCAGCGUCAUGAUGUGCGCUAUGAGCCUGGGUCAAGCGACGCCUUACUUCCAAGCAUUCUCUAUGGCCAAGCGUGCUGCUGGGAAGGUGUACGAGAUCAUCGACAGGAAACCUGCCAUCAACAGCAGUUCAUCGGCCGGCCUUAAACCCGAGUCCCUGGAAGGAGCCAUCGAGUUCUCGUCCGUCACCUUCUGCUACCCGUCUCUGUCCACUGUCCCGGCUUUGGAGAACUUUUGCCUGUCUAUGGACCCCGGCGAAACAGUGGCCCUGGUGGGAAAGCGCGGCUGUGGCAAGACCACGAUCGUCAACCUCCUUCAAAGGUUCUACGACGUCACCGAAGGACAAAUUCUGCUGGACCAUCGGAACAUCCGGUCGUACAACGUGGGCUGGCUGCGCGGCCAGAUGGGCGUCGUCGGCCAGGACCCCGUGCUCUUCCAAGCCACGGUGGCGCAGAACAUUCGCUACGGCCUCGCCACGGCCACGCAGUUCGACAUCGAGCAGUCGGCCAUCACCGCCAACGCGCACCAGUUCAUCCUCAAACUGCCCAGGAAGUACGACACGAUGGUGGGCGAGCACGGCUAUCGGCUGACCAGCAGCCAGGUCCAGCGCAUCGCCAUCGCGCGCGCCCUGGUGCGGAACCCCAGAAUCUUCUUGAUGGACGACGCCCCUCCCGUGGCCAGCAUCGAGAUGGACGCCGACCUCAAGGGUGCCCUGGAAAAGGCUUGCCGCGGCCGCACGGCUUUGAUCGUGGCCCAGCGGCUGUCGACCAUCCGAUGCGCCGACAAGAUACUGGUGAUGCGGUCGGGCAAAAUGGUGGACUUCGGCACCCACAACGAGCUCAUCAAGAGGGCUUCGGGUGCCUACCUCGAGCUGCUCACCACUCAGAUCACUGCGCCGAAGGAGGCGGCUCCACUGUCUCCAGGUCAGCUGAGAAUUUCGUCUAUGCACCGCGGCGCACUGACGUCCACGAAGCAGAAGGAGUCCCUCCACGGCAGGCCCGACGAGGUAAACUCCGGGACCAUAGACAUCCAAGACGUUCUGCGUGUCUCUGGCGACAAGCGGCCGGAUAGUCCGCUGAACUCUGCGGAGAACGCCGGCAAGUCCCUGCGCACUAAGCUGCUCCAUCUGACGGAUCCCGAGCGGGGCUACAUGACCGCCGGCUGCCUCUGUGCACUGCUCAUGGGCCUCUCUGUGCCCAUCUACGCCAUCUUCCUGGGCAACAUGUUACAGGGCCUGGGCUCGGGGAAUGCGGAUCUCAUCAUGUCCACGACCAUCUUCUACUGCCUGCUAUUUCUGAUGGUCGGAGUCCUCACGGGCUUCUGCUCGUUUCUGCAGGAAGUGGCCUGGUAUGACGAAGAGGACAACACCCCCGAGCGCCUUUGCACCUUUCUUUUCUCGGACACUGCUCGCGUUCAUGGGGGCACCUGCUCAAAGCUUCCGUCCAUCUGCCAGGCCUUUUCCGCGCUGGUCGCGUGCCUGGUGAUGGCCUUCUACUGGGACUGGCACCUGGGCUUCAUCGUGCUCGCCUUCGUGCCGCUGGUGCUGCUCUCCACCUACCUGGAGAGCCGCAUGCUCCGGGGCAAGCUCAUGUCCAGCAAGCAGGCGCUCGACAACUCCACCAGGAUCGCCGUGGAGGCAAUUCAAAACAUCCGAACGGUCGCGUCGCUGCACCAGGAGGAGGUGUUCUGCGCAAACUACGUGCAGUCUCUCACGGAGCCACAAAGGAUUAUGAAGCGCAAGGCCAUCCUGCGUGGCUUCUCCUUCGGGGUCGCCCAGUGCAUCCCGUCCAUGGCCUACGCGACUUCCCUUCUCUACGGGAGCAUAUUGGUCGGACGGUGCGACCUCCUCUUUGGAAACCUCUUCAAAGUGAUCGAGGGCGUGAUCCUCGGCACUGCCAUGAUUGGUCAGGCCGUGGCCUAUUCGCCAGACUACCACAAAGCCAAGGCGGCUGCACAACGUAUAUUUAGACUUAUCGACAGGGUCCCCAAGAUUGACUUCAUGGACAAGUCCGGAAUCACAAUGCAGUCGAUCCGGGGCUUCCUGACAUUCAACGAGGUGAGCUUCCACUACCCGCACCACCCCGAGGUGCGGGCCCUGGACCACGUCACGUUUUCUGUGGAACCCGGGCAAACCGUGGCCCUGGUUGGACCGAACUACUCCGGGAAGUCCACGUCGGUGCACCUCGUGGAACGAUUCUACGACAUCACCGAGGGGGAAAUAUUGAUCGACCACAUCGGGACGAAGAUGAUGCGGCUGUCAUGGAUGCGUGCGCAGCUGGGCUACGUGAGCAGCGAGACGCUGCUGCACAGUUACAGCGUCGCCGACAACAUCGGCUACGGGGACAACAGCCGGGAGGUCAGCCGCGACGAGGUUAUCCUGGCUGCCCAGAAGGCCGACGCCCACGACUUCAUCGUCUCGCUGCCAGAGGGCUACGACACCGUGAUCCCACGGGACGGCGGGUACCUGUCGCUGAGCCAGAUGCGGCGCAUCGGCCUGGCCAGGGCCCUCCUUCGCGACCCCAAGAUCCUGCUCAUCGACGAUGCAGUGGAGGGCCUCGACGCCAAGAACGAGAAGGUGGUUCGCGAGGCCAUUCGCUCGGUGUGCAAGGGCCGCACGUGCGUGAUCGUCACCGCCCGGCUGUGGUGCGUGCGGGACGUGGACCGCAUCUUCGUCAUGCAGAAGGGCAAGGUGGUCGAGAAGGGUUCGCAUGACGAACUCAUGUCCCGGGGCGGCGUCUACCACAAGCUCUUCACCGAGGAAAGCUCCGCCAGAUGACGCCGACGCACAAGGGGCGCCGAACGGCCCCUCGGGGCGAAUAAAUAUAUAUUGUUCAAUGUUCA